AUAAACAGAUAUUCAAUCAUCUCGACAACGGUACAUUGUAGUGAUGUUAGAAUAUUACUUAUCUGUUGAAGAUAUAUAAAAUCAGCCUGCCCUUCAGUUGUCAGUCGUUUGCAUUGCACUUGGUAGUUCUAAAUUCCUUACCUGUAGCGAUCUAAAGUAAAUGUUCCCCAAUUAGAACAAAGGUUUUAUCGGGUGUGUGUCGAUGUGUUAGGGAGCACUCGUUACACGUGCUAACGAAUACAUCCAGGGGAAAUGAAUGUCCCAAUCUUUUCUCUUUGUCUCCUGCUACAGAUUUUCGUUAUUGAGGUGCAUGGAUAUUAUCCUAUGAACCACAGUGGAAUUCUCUAUGGUCAAUUCCCGGAUGACUUUAUCUGGAGCGCCGCCACCGCUGCCUACCAAGUAGAAGGGGCCUGGAAUGAGGACGGAAGAGGACCGAGCAUUUGGGACACAUUUUCUCAUAAACCGGGUAAUAUAGUGAACGAUGACAAUGGUGACGUAAGCUGUGACAGUUACCAUAACUACCAAAGAGACGUGGAAAUGUUGCAGGAACUUGGAAUUUCCCACUACAGAUUUUCUAUAUCCUGGUCUCGUAUUUACCCACUGGGCACCACAGAGAUGUUAAACCAUAGAGGAGUGGAUUAUUAUCACAGACUAAUUAAUGCACUAAACGCGGCUGACAUUGAACCAAUGGUGACACUCUAUCAUUGGGAUCUACCGCAGGCUCUGGAGGACGAAGGGGGAUGGCUGAAUAAAAGCACUGUCGACCACUUCGUUAACUAUGCCAAUUUCUGUUUUAGUGAAUAUGGAAGCAAGGUGAAAUACUGGAUAACUUUCAACGAACCAUGGGUAGUGGCUUGGCUAGGAUACGGUGGAAGUGGAAUGGCACCUGGUCGUAACGAACCAGCAAAGAUGCCCUACAUAGUGGCCCAUAAUAUCAUUAUUGCACAUGCGCAAACGUACAAAAUAUAUAAAAGCAAAUACAGAUCAAGACAGAAGGGACAGGUUGGCAUUACUCUCAACAUUGGAUGGGCUCAACCUAAGAAUACCUCGGAUGCUGCUGACUGGGAGGCAUCUGAGCGAGCUAUCCAGUUUGAAAUGGGAUGGUUUGCACAUCCAAUUUUGGUGAAUGGAGAUUAUCCCCAAGUUAUGAAAGAUCAAAUCGGAAACAAAAGCCAAGCACAGGGAUACAGCACAUCUAGACUACCAACAUUUUCAAAACAGGAAAAACAGGAUAUUAAAGGGUCUGCUGAUUUUCUGGGGAUGAAUCAUUAUACAUCCAGUUUGGUUUCCCCAAUCAAAAAUCCACCAGAUCUGGAGAGCUACGAUGCGGACAAAGACGUGCUUUAUCAAACAAAUCCAUCAUGGCCAACGUCAGGCUCGGAUUGGCUGAAGGUUGUUCCUUAUGGAAUGAGAAAGAUUCUAAAUUGGAUAAAGAAAGAGUAUCCGAACACGUCCGUCAUUAUCACGGAGAAUGGGGUUUCAGAUCAAAACGGUUCUCUAGUAGACACAUGGAGAAUCAAUUAUUACCGUUCAUACAUCAACGAAGUAUUAAAGGCCAUAAAACUUGAUGGAUGUCAGAUCAAGGGCUAUACAGCUUGGUCACUCAUGGACAACUUUGAAUGGCCGCGAGGGUAUAGUGAAAAAUUUGGACUAUACCAUGUCAACUUUAAUGACCCAAAGCGGACAAGAACGCCGAAAGCUUCAGCAAGAUUUUACAAACAACUUAUCCAAGAACAUGGAUUUCUGCCAGGUUACCCUGGUAAAGGAGGACGCGGUACUGCUCCAGAAUAUGAGCAUGGAAUUUACUAUGAUACGUUCCCGGAUGGUUUUGUAUGGAGCACAGCAACAGCAGCAUACCAGGUAGAAGGAGCAUGGAACACAGACGGGCGGGGACCUAGUAUCUGGGAUGUAUCUGCUCAUCAGAAGGAUUAUAUCUACAAUAAUGACAACGGUGAUGUGGCAUGUGACAGCUACCACAAAUACAAAGAAGAUAUUCGAUUGCUGAAGGAACUUGGAGUCUCACGCUAUCGAUUCUCCAUUUCUUGGCCACGCGUGUUUCCUGAUGGUACAAAAGGAAGUAAAAAUAACAAGGGUGUGCAGUAUUACCAUGCCUUGAUAGACGAACUGAAAAAGGCCAACAUAGAGCCGAUGAUUACCCUGUAUCACUGGGAUCUACCCCAAGCCCUGGAGGAGGAAGAGGGAGGGUGGAUGAAUGAAUCCAUCGUAGAAAGAUUCAAGGAUUAUGCUGACUUCUGCUUCAAUGAAUACGGAAACAAGACGAAGCUGUGGAUAACAUUCAACGAACCGUGGAUAGUUUCCUAUCUUGGUUACGGUGUGGGUUCAUUUCCACCAGGGAAAAUUGGUCCAGGAACAAAUACCUACAUAACGGCGCACAACAUUAUUAAGGCCCAUGCUGAAGCCUAUCAUAUAUACAACGACACGUAUAGAGCAAGUCAGAAAGGAGAAAUUGGGAUCACGCUAAAUGUUGGGUGGGCGGAGCCGGAGGAUCCAUACAAUCCGGAUUAUCUUGAGGCAUCCGAUAGGGACAUCCAAUUUAACUUUGGAUGGUUUGCUCAUCCGAUCCUCGUGAAUGGCGAAUACCCAGAAAUCAUGGUUGCGAGGGUAGCAAACAACAGUCAUGGAACAAGCGGAUCUAGAUUGCCUAAAUUUUCGAAUAUUUCCAGAAUCAAUGGUACGGCCGAUUUUCUCGGAUUGAACUUUUAUACAUCCAGUCUGGUAAGACCCGAUGAAUCACGAACAGAUCACAGUUUUGAUGAUGACAAAGGAACAUCCUCAAGAGCCGACCCUUCCUGGCUCGGAUCUGGAUCGGAAUGGCUCAAAGUGACACCAUUUGGUCUUCGGAAAAUGUUGAACUGGAUUAAAACCCAUUAUAAUAACUUUCCUGUGUAUAUUACUGAAAAUGGAAUUUCGGAUAAUAAUGGAUCUCUUACGGAUCUCUACAGAAUACAUUACUACAGGACAUACAUAAACGAAAUGUUGAAAGCAAUUAGAUUAGACAAAUGCAACAUAAAAGGAUAUACAGCAUGGUCAUUAAUGGAUAAUUUUGAAUGGCGGAGAGGAUAUUCCGAGCGUUUUGGGCUUCAUUACGUUAAUUUUACGGACUCAAACAGAACACGAACACCAAAGGCAUCUGCAAGAUUCUACAAACAGCUUGUAAAAGAGAACGGUUUUAAACCAGGAUACACGAGUAUGGGAGGGCGGGGCACUGCGCCUGCGCAAGAGCAUGAGUUUUACUACAACACAUUCCCCGAUGGUUUUAUUUGGAGUGCGGCUACCGCAGCGUACCAGGUUGAGGGAGGGUGGAAUGAGGGAGGACGGGGACCAAGCGUAUGGGACACGUGGGUUCACGAAUAUAAACACGUAGAAAAUAACGCUACUGGUGACGUGGCCUGUGACAGUUACCACAGAUACAGGGAGGACGUUCAGUUACUUAGAAACCUUGGGGUUUCUCACUACCGGUUUUCCAUCUCCUGGCCUCGAAUAUUUCCUAAUGGUACCAAGGAGAGUCGCAACCAAGAAGGCAUCGAUUACUACAAUGAUCUGAUCAACGAACUCAUCAAGUACAACAUUACGCCUAUGAUAACCCUUUUCCACUGGGACUUGCCCCAGGCUUUGGAAGAUGAAGGAGGCUGGCUGAACGAAUCCACUGUUUAUCAUUUUAGAGAUUAUGCAGAUGUGUGUUUCAAAGAAUUUGGAGACAGGGUGAAGCUGUGGAUUUCAUUCAAUGAACCCGGCUUAACGGCUUGGACCUGUUAUGGAAAUGGCGGAAUGGCACCAGGUGUUAAAGGCCAUGAGGGUACAUACCCGUACAUUGUGGCAAGGAAUAUCAUAUUAGCUCACGCUGAGGGAUACCAUGUCCUGAAACAAAACUACUCCCACCAAAAUGGUCAGUAUGGGAUUACCUAUAGCAUUGGAUGGGCCGAACCCUUGGACCCAUUCAAUCCGGAUGAUAUUGAGGCAUCAGAAAGGAGGCUGCAGUUUAAUGCUGGAUGGUUCCUAAAUCCAAUAUACAUUAAUGGCGACUAUCCCGAUGUCAUGGCACAAAAAGUGGAAGAGAAGAGCAAAGCUCAAAACUUUACAACCUCACGCUUGCCACCGUUUUCGAACAAAGAAAAACAACGCAUUAAUCAAACUGCGGAUUUUUUUGGUUUGAACCAAUAUUCCGCAUCUUAUUUCUUUCCGAAGAAAAACGAUAUCAAUAGUAUAUCAUAUUAUGCGGACCAAGACGUUGGAAGUAAGAAUGACCCGAAAUGGUUAGGUUCUGGAUCUUCAUGGCUCUUCGUGACCCCAUUUGGACUUAGAAAGGUAUUAAACUGGAUUAAGAUGACUUACAACAACAUUCCUGUUUACAUCACGGAAAAUGGAGUGUCAGAUAGAAAUGGGUCACUAGUAGAUUACAACCGUGUUUAUUUCUACAGAAACUACAUCAACGAAGUACUGAAAGCUGUUAAGCUUGAUGGCUGUAACGUCAAAGGAUACACAGCAUGGUCGCUUAUGGAUAAUUUUGAAUGGAACACAGGCUAUGCUGAAAAGUUUGGUAUGCACUACGUGAAUUUUAGUGACCCUAAGCGACCCAGAACACCCAAGUUAUCCGCUGUAUUCUACAAUAAACUUAUCAAAGACAAUGGAUAUUUUGAGGAUGCGCCCACCUCACCGACGAAAGGGAAAGAGUUAGGGGUGUAUCGAGAACUCCCCUACGAAGACCAGUUCUACUAUGGGAAGUUUCCGAAUGGGUUCCUGUGGGGAGCAUCUACGUCAGCUUAUCAAGUAGAAGGUGCAUGGAAUAAAGAUGGAAAAGGAGUUAGCAAUAUUGAUAAAAUCACCCACGAAGACUUUCAUUCUACCAAUGGAGACACGGCAUGUAACAGUUACAAAAAAUUCAUCGAUGACGUGAGGAUUCUUAAAGAAACAAACGUAACCCAUUAUCGUUUCUCAAUAUCCUGGAGUCGAAUUUUACCAAAGGGAGAUCCAAGCGAUGUUAACCGUCUUGGAGUCCUAUAUUACACAAACCUUAUUGACGCCCUCUUGGAUGAUGAUAUCACGCCUGUGGUGACUAUGCAUUACUUUGACAUGCCAGAGACCCUGUACAAUCAAGGUGGAUGGGGAAAUUCUACAGUGAUAAAGCUCUUCGAGGAUUAUGCAAAAGUUUUGUUUACAAACUUUGGAUCUCGGGUAAAGUACUGGAUAACAAUAAAUGAUCCACACAAGAUAUCAGUUGGUUUACCCGGAGUGGACAUGCGGGAGGUGGACCCUUACAUCGUUGGACAGAACUUGAUUAAAGCUCACGCUCGUGUUUAUAAGCUUUAUCAGACUGAAUUCAAGGAAGCUCAAAAAGGUUGGGUGGGGAUUUCCCUGAAUGCCGAUUGGUUUGAGCCCAGCACCCCCACUGACCCUGCCGAUAUCGAAGCUAGCAAAAGAGAAAUGGAGCAUUCCCUUGGUUGGUUCGCCAACCCCAUAUUGAAGGACGGUGAUUAUUCGGAAUUCCAUAAAACAAUGCUGCGAAAGAAAAACAGCUCAUUGCCAAAUUUCACUAAAUAUGAGACAUCCUGGAUAAAAGGUUCAUCUGACUUUUUGGGAUUAAAUUUUCACUCAACGUUCAACGUGAAAAACAAGGAAAACAAGAAAGCUGGAUUCGAAUUUGAAACUGAUUCUGAUAUAACAUUCAAUACGUCGUGGGCUAGAAGCAGCAUAACAACAGUACGUUUUGCACCGUUUGGUUUGAGAAAGGUCUUGAACUAUAUAAAGGAUACUUACCACAACGUGCCGGUGUACGUAACAGAAGCAGGAUUCCCUGACGACACGGGGGUUCUGCAAGACGAUACACGAGCCAUGUUCUACAAAGAAUACAUCGAUGAAGUUCUUAAAGCCAUAAGGUUGGACAACUGUAACGUUAAAGGGUUCACCGUUAAAAGUCUAAUAGACUCCGCUGACUACACGGGAAGUAUCAAACACAGAUAUGGGAUAUACUAUGUUGACUUCAACGAUCGUGAAAGGCCGCGAACAAUGAAGUCGUCAGCCAGAUUUUUUAAAGAAGUUAUCAAAGACCACGGCUUCAAGAAAGGAAAGACGUAUACAGUAUCAUCUGGGGUUGAGGAAUUUAAUCCAAACUACCCGUAUAGGACAUUGUCUAUGGAACACGACAUGUAUUAUGGUACUUUCCCAAAUGGUUUUGCCUGGAGUGCAGCUACAGCAGCAUACCAAGUAGAGGGAGGCUGGAAUGCAGAUGGUAAAGGUCCAAGCAUUUGGGAUGCUUUCACUCACCAGCCAGGCCACAUUUACAAUAACGACACGGGUGACAUUGCGUGUGAUAGUUACCAUAAAUACCAAGAAGAUGUGCAGCUUCUGAAAAACUUAAAGGUCACACACUAUAGAUUCUCAAUAUCAUGGUCUCGAAUAAUGCCGAAAGGAACACUGGAGCGCACCAACCAACCUGGAAUCGAGUACUACGACAAUCUAAUCAACGCCCUUUUGAUGGCGGAUAUUGUACCUAUGGUGACGUUAUAUCACUGGGAUCUUCCGGAAGCUCUGAACAAGAGUGGGGGGUGGGAGAACAUAAAUACAAGUGACCAUUUUGCCGCUUAUGCUAGAUUUUGCUUCAGAAAAUUUGGUGAUAGGGUGAAGUUAUGGAUAACUUUGAAUGAGCCAUUCGUUGUCGCUCAGCAAGGAUAUGAAUUGGGCUCUAUGGCUCCUGGACUGACAGGAAAGGGAAAUCGUAUAUAUAUAGUCGGUCAUAACCUAAUUAUGGCGCAUGCGAAAGCUUAUCGAAUCUAUGAGAAAGAAUUUAAAGCUCAACAGAAAGGACAAGUCGGGAUUUCUUUGGAUACGGACUGGCAAGUUCCCAAUAAUCCAGAAAGUCCCAGGGAUUUGGAAGCAUCACAUCGAGCUAUUGCGUUUAUGUUUGGAUGGUUUCUUAAUCCUUUGAUAGAAGGAGAAUAUCCAAAAGUGAUGAGAGACCAAGUGAACAGGAAAAGUCAGGAACAAGGACUCUCAAAGAGCAGACUUCCUGAAUUUACAGAAUAUGAUAAAAAGUUUAUAAAAGGUACGUUUGAUUUUCUUGGAAUGAACUUUUACACCUCCAAUGUUGUAACCAGUGUACAAUCAGCCGAGCAGAGUUUUGGAGGGGAUCAAGACGUUCACUACAGCAAAGACCCAUCUUGGCCAGGAUCUGGCUCCAAUUGGUUGAAAGUAACACCUGUUGGAAUUAGGAGAAUGCUGAACUGGGUGAAAUACACUUAUGGUGACUUUCCUAUUUACAUAACUGAAAAUGGAGUUUCAGAUUUGAACGGAACUAUAGAAGAUGGAUACAGGAUAGAUUUCUACAAACAUUACAUCAAUAACGUCCUCAAAGCCGUUCGUCUAGACGGAGUAAACGUGAGAGGGUUCACAGCUUGGUCGCUUAUGGAUAAUUUUGAAUGGGGGGCUGGCUAUUCAGUACGCUUUGGACUUCAUUAUGUUAACUUCAGCGAUCCUGACCGACCACGCAUACCCAAAGAAAGUGCUCACUAUUACUCAAAUAUCAUCGAAAACAAUGGUUUCCCAAAUAAUAAAGCAAUGUACUCGUUUCCGUUUGCCUCAAAACCUGUACACCCCGAGAAUAAUCCUUACAGAGUACUUGACAGAGAAGAAGACUUUUACUUCAAUACCUUCCCUGAAGGUUUCGCGUGGAGCACCGCUACUUCUUCGUACCAAGUAGAAGGAGCUUGGGAUAAAGAUGGGAAAGGACUCGGAAUAUGGGAUGUGUUCUGUCACACUCCAGGUCAUAUAGUCAACAAUGACACGGGUGAUAUUGCUUGUGACAGUUAUGACAAGUUCCACGAGGAUGUCAAACUUCUGAAAAAUAUGAAGGUUACCCACUACAGGUUUUCAAUCUCAUGGCCCCGGAUCUUACCGGAUGGGACUCGAAAGACUGUCAAUCGCUUGGGUGUUCAGUAUUAUAACAACUUGAUAGACGCUGUACUUGAUGCUGGAAUCAUACCUAUGGUAACCUUGUAUCACUGGGAUCUGCCACAGUCCCUGAUGAAAUUUGGCGGUUGGCAGAGCGAACAAACAGCUGAAUACUUUGCAGAUUAUGUUAGACUAUGCUUUACUAAGUUUGGGGAUAGGGUAAAGUUUUGGAUUACACUGAACGAGCCAUUUGUAGUUUCAAACCACGGUUACGAAAUUGGUGUUAUGGCGCCAGGAUUGACAGGAAAGGGAGAUAAGAUAUACCAAGCUGGUCACAAUCUGAUUAAAGCACAUGCCAAAGCUUACCACAUCUAUGUCAACGAGUUCAAAAAAUCUCAGAAAGGUGUGAUAGGUAUAACUCUGAAUACUGACUGGCAAGUUCCAAAGAAUUCUAACAAUGAGGAAGAUUUGCAGGCUUCAGAUCGUGCCAUUAAUUUCAUGUUUGGUUGGUUUUUAAACCCCGUCAUGAAAGGGGACUACCCUGGGGUUAUGAAAGAUCAGGUGGACAGAAAGAGUCGCGCACAAGGAUACAACGAAAGUAGACUUCCGGAAUUUUCAGCUGCGGAGAGAGACUAUAUUAAAGGAACCUAUGACUUUCUUGGCAUGAAUUUUUACACAUCAAACUUGGUAUCCUCCAUCCAAAACGAUGAUCAGAGUUACUACGGAGACCAAGACGUGAAUUCCAUGAAAGAUCCGUCCUGGCUAGGAUCGGGAUCUUCUUGGCUGAAAGUUACUCCUACAGGAAUUCGUCGUAUGCUGAACUGGGUGAAAUAUACAUACGGGGAUGUCCCAAUCUACAUCACAGAAAAUGGUGUAUCGGACACAAACGGAACCUUAAAUGAUAAUCAUAGAAUAUUUUAUUACAAGCAUUAUAUCAACAACAUUCUGAAAGCUGUUAGGCUGGAUGGCGUCAACGUUCGCGGUUAUACAGCAUGGUCACUCAUGGACAACUUUGAGUGGGCACGGGGUUAUUCGGAGCGUUUCGGGCUUCAUUACGUCAACUUCAGUGACCCCGCCAGGCAACGUGUUCCAAAAGCAAGUGCGCAAUAUUAUGCAACUAUCAUAGAAAACAAUGGAUUCAGGAGACAGAGUGCCCCUGAUUUGACACCACAUGUGACUCCUGUCCACCACGAUAACGGCAAUCAAGGAAGAAAACCAACAUCAGGGACCCCGUCUACUGUUUUAUCUGUCUUUUUCGUAGUUAGCUGUAUCAUUGUGAGCGUGACAGUGUAUAACCACUGAUUAGAUCUGUGCAUAGUGAUUAAAUGAAUGACAUGGGUACACAGAAAUAUAUUCGAAAUGACGAUACAAUCAAAGAACUUUUCAUUGCAAUGGCACUAUUAUGAAUAUCAUGUAUUAAUCGUAUAGACAAGCUAGUACGCAUGUAUAGCUUUACGCUCAGUGUGAAAACUCUUUCUUACACACCUGUGCAUAAAGUAGAUGCUUGAACUGAAAAUGACAGUGGUAAAAAAUCUUUUGAACUUGCUCUCAGUAUUUAGUGUAUUGCGAUUUGGAUGGGACCUGUGACACAUGUACCAGUGGUAGUGCAGUUACACAGCCGGAACUUAACCGGAAGUGGCUAUUCGAUUACAAUGUAUCAUAUACAGAUACAUGUACAUUUUCUUCUCAAUCUUAUUUUCGCACUUUGUCAGUGGAUAUAUUAAGGGACACGUUGCAAAAACAAAUAUUGGGAUAUGUAUUUAUUUCACAUUUUAGUUUGGUUGAAAAGGGAAACAUGAAUUAUAACAUAGUUUAAGAAGAUGAAGAAAACGCAGACCUUUUAUAGAAUGAUGAAAAUUAGGAUUUUGUCAAUGACGUUGAAUUAAAAAAUUUGUCUCUUUUCUGCUUAUAUAUAAUGUAAUUAGUUGUUUUUGCAGUUUGAAAAGACAUUUGUCAUAAUGAUAUUUAAUCAUAAUUUGAAAAUGAAUCGGAAAAGUUUAUACCAUGUGUUCUUAAAAUUGGGUUAAUAUGAAUGCUGAAACAAUCUCAUUGGGACGAAUUCUUAACAGGACAAUAUACCGGUAUAUUUCAUAAUGCUAAGGAGAAAUGAACACUGGACAAAAUAUCUAGCCAUUGUAUCAAACCUUUCACAGUGAAGAAAGUAUAUAUAUAUAUAUAUAUAUAUAUAUAUAUAUAUAUAUAUAUAUAUAUAUAUAAACUACGUAAUGGUGACAGUACCCAAGUUUCGAGAUAAGACCCUUCUGUGUGGGAGGUGCAUUUAGUGGAACUUUGAAUGUCGAAGUGGGAAAGAGUGGGCCUGCAGUCAGUGAGGAAGACGAUAAAAUGCAUUAAAAGCGACCCCUCUUUAAAUAUGUAAAUGUAGGAAAUACAAAAUACUAUAUCGAAAGAAAUAGUGGAAGUGGAAGCAUAAAAACAAUGACAUAUUUGUAAUAAAUACCCUGGGUAGGAACGUACAACCAACGCAAUAUCGUGAUAUAAUGAGAAUCCCAUGCAUUUAAUUACUCCCUGAAUACUUAUCAUUUUCUUAAUUUAUGUAUCAGUCGAAUUCGGGUAAUGAAACAGCGUAUGAGAAACUUACUGAGCACAUUCACUUAUGCAGUGGUGAAUAUUUGUCCUAUUCCCACAUGUAAACAAGUUGUUUCGCGUUUUACUAUGUACGAGAGUUCUUCAAAGGGAAAUAACUCGGACGUGUCUCGAAAUCGGCGUAUUUCAUGGGCUUUUUGUGGAUUUUGUAUUCCCCACAAGAAAUGGGAGCAAAUUAUAUUGUAUCUGUAUAUUUUAUCAAAUGUUAUUGAAUCAAUGUUUCAUAUAUAGCAAUGUGUUUGAUAGACAGGCACUGAUACGAUGAUUAAUUUUAAAAUUAAACUAUACUUCAUUAAU